GUGCGGCCGGGCACCUUCUGGGCUGCUCUUCCUGGCCCCUAGCCUCGCGGCUGUAACGUCAGCUGCCUGCCAGGCCUCCAAGCCAACACAGUGGGACAUGCCCGAACGGACAGGGGGCGGAGCCUAAGGAGGUGGGAAGCACCCAGCCCGACUGCCCAGCUGGAAACGAACUCAGUCCCUGCCGGCUCUCCACUCCGCCAGAGUGUAGCUCGGCGGUGAGGACGCUGCAACGCGCGCCCACUCUGCGGCCAGAGUGGAUUCGCGCGACGUUGCGGCUGCGCGAGGGGCCUUUUCCUGGGAGCCAUCCGGGAAAAGCCCGGCUUAACUACGGGCCCUUCGGCCAUUGGACGGACCCUCCAAGCCGCAGAAGGACGGCGAAAGGGGACUGAAGCUGAACUGAGCUCUUUCCUAGUGGGGAGAGCCCGCUAGGGCGAGGUGGGAAGGGGGGGUGGGGCGUGUUGCGAAGCUCACGGCCAGCGGUGGAUUAUCCGGGACACUUUGCGCCUGGGGGCUGCGAAGUGAGCGAGGAGGACAAGGGCAUGCUCAGUGGUGGCGGCGGUGAUGUGGGCCUUUCCAACGCCGCGGCGCGGGGGCAAGUGGAGGCCGUGCGGCAGCUCCUGGAAGCCGGUGCGGAUCCCAACAGACUCAACCGCUUCGGGAGGCGCCCGAUCCAGAGACAUAUACAACAGUGAAAAGCAAACGCCUUCCACAGGGGAUUUACUGCAAGAACUAAACAAAGUCAUGAUGAUGGGCAGCGCCCGCGUGGCCGAGCUGCUGCUGCUCCACGGUGCGGACCCCAACUGCGCGGACCCCGCCACCCUCACCCGACCCGUGCACGACGCGGCCCGGGAGGGCUUCCUGGACACGCUGGCGGCGCUGCACCGAGCCGGGGCGCGGCUGGACGUGCGCGACGCCUGGGGCCGCCUGCCCGUGGACCUGGCUGAGGAGCGGGGCCACCGCGACGUCGCCCGCUACCUGCGCGCGGCCGAGGGAGACUGAUGGCGCGUGCACACAGCCGCCCCAAACGACUUUUCUUUUCUCUCCAGUUCCCCACCCCAACUUAGUUCAAUGAGGUCUGCAAACAUGGAGCGGCGGAAGUCUUCCUGGGCGACCUGAUUCCCUGCAGGGAAGGAGGGGCAGACCGGGAAGAAAUUUUUUUUCUCUUUCUUUCUCUGGGUGGAGCCCUCGACACUCACCGUGAAGUGAAACGCAGAGAGGUGGGGCAAAUGGAUUUCCAGCGAGAUUUUGGAGCCGAAUGUGGAAUUCCCAGGUUUAUUUUUCAGGGUUUUCUGGCGAAAAGUGGCACGUGAAGAAAUCCGCGAAGGAACCCAAGUGCUGCGAAUCUUCACACAAAAGAUGGUGGGGCGGAGUGGGAGGCGGCGGUGACUGGCAUUCGGGUGGGAGGCAGGUGAUAACGUUCGCCCCACUGACCUUGAAGGAACCCCCCUGUAAGCCCCCACUUCAGGCGUUAGGCCCUGGGGAUAUGAGGGCAAAGCUGAAGACGGAGGACCAAGCAAUGAUGACGGUCGCCGUGGGCUCUUUCUUUACAAGCUGCACGGAGCAGAGCAGGUCACGUGCAAAACGCUCCAUACUGGAAGCCUUGGGGACUCGCGCCCAGCUCCACCGGAUAGUGACGGGGAAGAGAGGACCCGGAAGCCACCUCGAACUUGCCCGCUUAUUCUAAAGUCCCCAGGGCAAGGUGGUUCUGAACAGCUCUCCGAGAGGGGCGCUCGUUUGCUGUUGUUAAAUCAAGGCGAGAUUCUUGCGACGUUCCAGCAGAGUCCGCGCACAGACUGAAGUCGGGGAUUGUAGCGAGAGCAACUGUAGGUAGGCCGUUAACUGUAACGAUUUGUUUAAUCUAUAAAGGGUAGGAUACAGAGAGCCCCCUGUAAAUUGCCACUUGAAAAGAUUUCGUGAUAUUUUGUACUUCUGGGUGGUUCUUCAGUAGCAGUCUUACUUACGGAGACUUUAAAAAAGUAACUCGUGGCCCUUGGAAAAGAGGUGAGGAAGAACUACAGUUUUUACAAGAAGCUAUGGCACAGUGGCAACGCCCAGAUUACUUUGAUCCUUAACCUAUUUAUUUCUUUGUUAAAUUUUCUGUUUCCUUUACUACUGUCUCAGGGGGUCAAACUAUGAAAUAUUACAAAUGUAUUUCAGAAGAUCCAUGCACUUACCCAGUAAAUUAUCUCGGGAUAUUUCCCAAAGGACUUUGCUAAAAGUGUAGAUUGAAUAUAAAACUGUUGAAAAUAUAUGAUGAUGGCUCGUG